UUUUCUUUCUUUCUUUAUAAAUAACCUAUAACUCUAUCACAUUUUUGUUAAAAGUUGUGGAAUUUAGCUUUAGUCACAUUGCCAUAUUCAUACCAUUUUAUCUGUCAGUGUCACACCUGUUCUAAGAAAUUGUUGAUUCCUUCCUUUUUCUGUUUAGUGACGAUAGAAACAGGACGUUCGUGUGCAUCGGAGAGUUUGUUCACGUGCAUUUAUUUCUCAUUUAUUUAUUAAAUAUUUCUAAUACUACAGUUGCAAAGAACUCUAUAAAAAUGAUGAGUGACGACGAUCGUGAUAUUGAUAUCGAAAGUGAUGCUGAGAAUGAUUCGGACUCGCGUACUCAUGCCAGGAAUAGUGUUGGUGGCAGUGGAUACUACUCCCAGGCGGAAAAACGGGCACACCACAAUGCCUUGGAAAGGAAAAGAAGAGACCACAUAAAAGAUAGUUUCACAUCUCUGAGAGAAGCCGUACCAGCUCUCCAGAAUGAGAAAGUGGUAUGUUCAAAAAUUGCCAGUCGAGCUCAAAUAUUAAAGAAAGCAGCAGAGUACAUACAAUUCAUGAGAAGAAAAAACAAUUCACAUCAACAAGAUAUAGAGGACUUAAAAAGACAAAACAAUAAUCUUGAAACACAAAUACGAGCAUUAGAAAAAGUUCGACAAUCUGGCAACUAUUCAGAUGCACACGAACUAGGCCUAGGUGUCAAAUCGGAAGGAGAUUCACACGACACUGACAGUUCCGACGGGGAGGCGACAACGCGGCGCGUUAAAAAGCUUAAAAUUAAUGGAGUCAUGUCUAGUAACUAAGAAGGUUGUGAGAUGAAUUCGUCUUAGCCAAUGAUGACAGUUUCCACAAAUAAGAUAAUGUAAACCAAAAUAAAAUUACUUUUCCAAUAAAUGAUAUUACAUAUAUUUUUGAUACAGAUGAAAUGAAAUAAGUAACUUUAAUGUGUAGUGUUAAAGUCGAGAUUUGUAGACAUAGUUUAGCAUGCACUUUGGUUAGCAGCUCUCUGUCGUCAUUAAAGUAGCAAUUCCGUGGCAAUCCUACAUAACCAUCAUGUAUGCUAAACAAUUUUUAUUUGUCUCUGGUCAUGUGUUUUGUCGUUACUAUUACAGUAGUUAAAUGUAUACAGUCUAGUACUAAAUUGAGAUGUUUUAAACUUUUUGUAUUGUAUAUAAAUACUGUCACUGUACAUACUAGGGAGUUAAAUUUUGGAUUAAAUAUCAUUUUGCAUUAUGUAUUUGGCACAGUAUUUUGCUGUAAAAUAAUAGUUCUUAUGAAUUCUAUAUUGCAGACAAACAUUUACUUUUAUGGUUGAUUUUAUAUAAAUUCUGUACUGAAUAUUUCAUUACACUGUAGGUACUACUUUUUUUUAAGAAACAUCGUUUAUUGUUUUUACAAUCAUUGCUGAGAAUGAUUCAUCUUUCACACAUGUAAGUACUUCGUAAUAAUAAGCUGUAAGUAAACUUUACAUUGAAUUUUCUUAUUGAUCUGUUUAUUAAUUAAUUUUAAUGAAAGAUUUACUUUUAAGUAUGAAGCUAAACAUUUUAAUAAUUACGUUGUUGAUUUGUGUUGAAAUAUUUUAAUUCUGAUGAUAGGUUUUAUUACUGGCGCCUUAAUAAAAUAGUUUUUUUUAAAUGUAAUUGAUACUUCUUUAAAUGAUAAUAUUGCGAGAUGCAAUUCCAUUUUAACGUAAAUUUUGUAGUAGCUAUGCAAUUUGUAUUAAUAUGUAGGUUUGCGUAAACUUUGCAAUCAAAGAGGCAUGCUCCUAAUCAUUGAUUAAGUUUAGCAACUCCGAAAUAGAUGUUGUAAAGGUGAAAAUGGUGAUAACAGUCUAUUUUUUAAGGAAUUAAUCUUCAGUACUUGCAUUAUUGUUAUAUCUUUUCAUUCAGUGAAAUGCGGGCAUUUUGAGAAAGUUGUUUAGUUAAGUCUAAUUGAAUUAUAUAUAUAUAUACUUGAAUUUGUAAUUCUAUUAAACUUGUGGUAGUUUUGAUGUAUUGUAUCAUCCAAUUUACCAAAUGUUUUUAAGAAACAUCAAGUGCUUUAGUUCCUUAAAAAUAGGAAAAUAGUAGAUCAAUAGACAAGCGAAUUACAAAAAAUCCUCAGUUCGUAAUAAAAUUGAAUAUGUUCCUAAAUAAAUAUUAUGCUCCGAUUUACCAAAUUUGUACCCCAAUGUUGAAUUGAUUCAAAGGAAUGA